UAACGUCAACAUUAGUGCUGCAGAUGCGUGAUGUAACAAACAGCGGGGAUAUUUCUUAACUUAUCGCAACAAGUUUUGCUUUUUAGUUAAAAAAUUACGUUCUGACGACAGUUUGGAUUAACGCUGUCGUAUUUGUUGUUCGUCGCUUUGUAUUCAGUUAAACCGUCACACGGUUGAACUGUCAGUCUUCUUCGUGUGCUAACGUUAGCAACUCCGUAACCGUUUCUACAUGGGAGCUAGCUAGCUAGCAGCCGCUGGACUUUCUUCGAUAUCACUCCUUUUUUACGAGUUAUUUUUUUGAAACUUCCUGUAGCGUCUUCUCCUCUUUGUUAGCCCCACAUCCCCACCCACUGGGCCUCCCUAUGUACUUACUUUGAGGCGCUGGCUGCCAGCGGAGUCCCCCCACCUGAACCCUCUCGCUGAGUGGAUCUAUCUUUAAAUGGCCACCGCCGCCCCCCCUCCAGCCGCUGGCCCUGCUGCUGCGGCCACUGAAAACACAAGUCCCGGAGCCAGCAGCUCGACUGCGGCCGACAGUGGCAACCAGGACAGCACUUUUGAGUGUAAUAUAUGUCUGGACACGGCAAAGGAUGCAGUCAUCAGCCUGUGUGGACACCUCUUCUGUUGGCCUUGCUUGCAUCAGUGGUUGGAGACCAGACCCAACAGACAAGUGUGUCCAGUGUGUAAAGCAGGCAUCAGCCGAGACAAAGUUAUCCCCUUGUAUGGACGGGGAAGCACGGGUCAACAAGACCCCAGAGAAAGAACACCUCCUCGACCACAGGGGCAAAGGCCUGAGCCAGAAAACCGUGGUGGCUUCCAAGGGUUUGGCUUUGGAGAUGGGGGUUUCCAAAUGUCGUUUGGAAUCGGUGCCUUUCCAUUUGGUAUUUUUGCAACAGCUUUUAACAUCAAUGAUGGCAGACCUCCUCCAGCGGCUCCCGGGACACCGCAGCACAUGGACGAACAGUUUCUGUCUCGACUCUUCCUGUUUGUUGCUCUGGUGAUUAUGUUUUGGCUGCUGAUUGCAUAAAUGCACGGAGAGACAACUCGACAGAGAUGCGACAUAAUGGCACGCCAUCACGGUUUGCAAUAAUUUGAUUUUGUCACCUUUCUGGUGUUUUUUUUUUCCUCCUUGACAUGAAGCCAUGUGAGAUUUAAAUGAAACAGGUUUUUCCAAAAUAAAGAUGUCUGUGUUAUUCCCUGGAUAAGGACUUUCAAGGUAAAGGUGGUUGCUUAACAUUUUAACUUGUUAACACAGUUGCUUUGCAAAGCAGCACGCCAUAUUUCUUUUCUUUUUAUCAUUAUAUUUAUGUCACCAAAACUGCAUCAGUUAACAGCUACAAACUUCACGGUGCUUGAUUCCCUGCAUGCAUGUCUGUGACCAUAUUUAUACCUGGUAUUAACAUGCAUCUUGGGUGAUCGGAUCACAAGCAGACAACACAAAAUACAACAGUAAACGCCCACCAGGACGCAGUGUGAUCUGAUUAUUCAGACCAUUUGCUGAGGUGGUCUGGGACGUAUUUGACCACUUACCUUUUGUAGUGUAAAUGGUAAUGCAUCCUGAUACUGCUGACAGAGAUAUGUCCAGCUGUACUGACACAACCGCUUACAUGACUGCUGGGCAGCUAGCGAGAGUGUGGAUGCAACAAUAGUCUGCAGGGCCCUUUAACCUUAUGUAAGCAACGUAGAAGCAAAAGACGCAUGAUAGACACAGGUGUAAAUGGGAAUGUGUCUCAGCUGUCCACCUAUAUUCAGAUCACAAAAAGGUAUGUUUAUACUAGGUGUAAACAGGCUCUGACUGUUGUUUUUAAUCAGACACAUACAUGAGCUCAUUCAGGUGAGAGCAAGUCGAAGAGAUUGUUCUCUGCUCUUUUUUGAAUAAUGUUUUAGUACUAUCACUGUAUUUCAAGAUAUACUCUUCUAAACAAAGUAAGACCAUCAGUGCUCUGGUUGGAUUUUCUUUUACACUCUUAAUACCUUAUGUAGUAUAUGAUAAUUUCCUCUCAGCCUAUAUUUGGCCCCUGUGACCCUAUUUGAACCCUAUACACCACUGAUACUCAACUUACAGCCUGCAGGCCAAAUCUGACCCGUGAUAGGGUGCCAGGUGGCCUCACAACCAUUUCCUUAUUUACAAUGAAAAUAAAAUGGGUCACACUGUUUUUUUUUGUACUUUUGUACUUUUUUUGUUUAUAUAGAUCAUGUGCCAGAGUGCAUAAUAAUAGUAGACAGAUCGAAGCUCCAGUAACACUUGUAUUCAGAACAACUUUAUUGCAAGACCAACACGUACUCUUUCAUCGCCAUCAUGACUCAGAUGAAGGCCACGAGCCAGAACAUGUUGGUUAUGCAAUAAAGUCGUUCCAAAUACUAAAAGUGUGUCUGAAGUUUUGACCUCCUUUGGCUUAUUUCCCCUCUCCAUGCACUUUGGAAGUAGGUGAAGUUGUGCCAGAAACACUCACCCUCAGCCCUGACUGUCCUCAAAUCCUAGAGACACCUCUGCGUACACCUGAUCUCCUGCGACUGGCCUUCUGUCAUUUUGCAAAAGUGGCCCCGGGCAAAGCAAGUUGAGCCUCUCUGCUUUCACCUAAAGCUUUAAUAGGAAAUUAAUUUUGGUCAGUUGGUCCUUCUCUUACUGAGUGGUCAUUGCAGGAAAAGCACAGGUGUUACUACUAACAUUGAUGAUGGCUCUGUUCUAUUCAGGUGUCCCAAUAAGCCAUGACAGUUUGAUCGUUAAAUUUACUACUGUGCUUUUCCUACAUGUUACAAAUCAAAAUGUCUUCCAUGGAAAUGACCAUCAACAGGUUGCAAAGUAUCAUACAGUUACACUCUGAAUACUAGCAUGUGCCUCCUCCAUGUUGUCUCCCUGAUCUGUCAUGUACUAAUUUGUUUUUAUCAAGCUGUACCUGAUCUUAUAAAUUACGUCUCAUCAGAAAAAAAUCCAAAAAUCACACACAUUUUGUGAAAUCAAAACGUUAGACAUCAUCUGUUUAUUUAGAUGACAAUAAAAAAAUAUGUUAAUGCAUGUAAGCAGUUGAAAAUAUUAAUUUAUGAAACAGUGUUCCUCAUUGAAUUGUCUCAUCUUUUCUCUGUCACUGUAAUUAAAUGUACAAUACUGUAAUUAUUACAGAAUUAUUACUGAAAUGAAGAUUGGCUGGUUAAAUAUGACCCACUUUUCUAACUGUAAAUUCCCUCUAUUGACAGUAAAACUGUAAAUAAAGCUGUUAAUCAGACUUUA